GCGGCUCCGCUGCAAGAGGAGGCGGAGGGGGAAGGAGGAAAGACGCGGCUCUCGUGCAUCGGCGGCAGGAGGAGCUGGAGCGGCGGCAGCUCCUCUGGGCUCGUGCGUCUUGGCAGUGCCGUUACCGCGCGCCUUCUAAUCUUGCUUUCGUUAUCCCCCCCACCCUCUUUUUUUACUGCAGUUUUUCUUUCCCACCCCCUUUUUGGGGCCAUUAAUUCUAAUAACGGAGAGGCGUGAUUGACAUCCGAAGGGGGGGUAAAAAAAUCUGGAGGAGGCGGAGGGAGGAGGAGCGGCGGUGGCACCGCAGAAGGCAAAGGAGCGGCGGGCGAGAGGCGUCCAGCGGAACCACAGCCGAGCCCUUCGGCAGCCGGAGACGCCGCGCGCUCGGUCGGGCUUGCUGCAGCCGCCGCCGCCGCCGCCUUCGGCUUUGUGUCUGGUGCUGCGCGCGAGGGAGCCGCGAGCCGGCCUCUGCCUUCCUCCGGCUGCUGGAAAUGUCUGAGCACAAGGCGCUGGAUCCGAAGUUGUCGACGACGGAGAGGGUCGUGAAAGCUGUCCCAUUUCCUCCAAGCCAUCGGCUCACAGCGAAGGAAGUGUUUGACAAUGAUGGAAAACCCCGAGUGGAUAUCCUAAAGGCACACCUUAUGAAGGAAGGAAGGCUGGAAGAAAGCGUUGCUUUGAGAAUAAUAACUGAGGGUGCUUCAAUUCUCCGUCAAGAAAAAAAUCUGCUGGAUAUCGAUGCCCCGGUCACUGUUUGUGGGGACAUUCAUGGACAAUUCUUUGAUUUGAUGAAGCUCUUUGAAGUGGGAGGUUCUCCUGCCAACACACGGUACCUUUUUCUAGGCGACUAUGUUGACAGAGGGUACUUCAGUAUUGAAUGUGUGCUGUACUUGUGGGCCUUGAAAAUUCUUUAUCCCAAAACACUGUUUUUACUGCGUGGGAAUCAUGAAUGUAGACAUUUAACAGAGUAUUUCACAUUUAAACAAGAAUGUAAAAUAAAGUAUUCAGAACGUGUGUAUGAUGCCUGCAUGGAUGCCUUUGACUGCCUUCCCUUGGCUGCUCUGAUGAACCAACAGUUCCUGUGUGUGCAUGGUGGCCUCUCUCCAGAGAUCAGCACUUUAGAUGACAUCAGAAAAUUAGAUCGAUUCAAGGAACCCCCUGCAUAUGGACCCAUGUGUGACAUCCUGUGGUCAGAUCCCCUAGAGGAUUUUGGAAAUGAAAAGACUCAGGAACACUUCACUCACAACACAGUUAGGGGGUGCUCAUAUUUCUACAGUUAUCCUGCUGUAUGCGACUUCUUACAGCAAAAUAACUUAUUAUCUAUACUCCGAGCUCAUGAAGCCCAGGAUGCCGGGUACCGUAUGUACAGGAAAAGCCAGACAACAGGCUUCCCUUCGUUAAUUACAAUUUUUUCAGCACCAAACUAUCUAGAUGUAUACAAUAACAAAGCUGCAGUAUUGAAAUAUGAGAACAACGUUAUGAAUAUCAGACAAUUUAACUGCUCUCCUCAUCCAUACUGGCUUCCAAAUUUCAUGGAUGUUUUUACCUGGUCUUUGCCAUUUGUUGGUGAGAAAGUGACAGAAAUGCUGGUCAACGUGCUAAACAUUUGCUCAGACGAUGAACUUGGAACGGAGGAAGAUGGUUUUGAUGAAGAUCCUAUGUAUGCACAGAAGAAAGGUGCAACAGCUGCAGCUCGAAAAGAAGUGAUAAGGAACAAGAUCCGGGCAAUAGGCAAAAUGGCUCGAGUAUUCUCUGUGCUGAGGGAAGAGAGUGAGAGUGUGCUGACGCUGAAAGGACUGACCCCAACAGGAAUGUUACCCAGCGGGGUGCUCUCUGGAGGAAAACAAACUCUGCAAAGCGCUACUGUUGAGGCUAUUGAGGCUGAUGAAGCUAUCAAAGGAUUCUCGCCACAGCAUAAGAUCACAAGCUUCGAAGAAGCCAAAGGCUUGGACCGGAUUAAUGAGAGGAUGCCCCCACGCAGGGAUGCCGUGCCAUCGGACGCCAACCUUAACUCCAUCAACAAGGCAAUCUCCUCAGAGACUAAUGGCACCGACAGUAAUGGCAGUAAUAGUAGCAAUAUUCAGUGACCAUUUCUGAGUUGUGAAUUUUUUUUUUGUUUUUGAGCUGCAGGGCAUGAUGGGAUUGCUGCUAAUCAACAGUUGGAUGUUCUUGCCUCUGAUGAUAGCUUACUUGCUCUGGGGGCCAGGUGUUGGAUUCAGUUUACAAUAUCAUCAUCUUAAGAAGAGAUAGUAAACUUUAUUUUGGUGGGUGGGGGGUGGGGGUUAAACACCUCCUUUGGAUAUGCCUUUAAAAUGCUUGUAGACAACUAAAUGAAAGCUAAUGCUGGUAUAUAUUGCAAAGUUAGGGGAAUGAACAUGUUUUCCUACUGCAUUGGAAACUUCUAGAUAUGUUAACUGAAAGGCCUUCUAUUAUGUUACUGGACGUGACAACUUUGUCUGAUUUCUUACUAACUAUUGUACGUUUACAGUUGCAGCACUAAACAUGGACAACAUCAAACAUUUUUAACAAACUGAUGUACAAACUAAAUAAGGAGACUAUUUAUUGAUAAUGUUUUGCUACUCUUGUCAGACGACGGCUAUCUUUAAAAAAAAUUAGGCACUCUUAAAAAAAAAUAAAAAUUAAGAAUGUUGCAAAUUUGUUAAAAAUGCCAAAAAAGACAAUUUAAUUUUGUACAGAUUAUGCUUACCUCAGGUUUCUUUAGUGUGCUUGAAUGCCCUUCUUUAAAUAUGACAUUUACCAUAACUAAUUUGGCAGUGAGAAAUUCUUUCUUUUAAGUUUUUAAAAAUAAAACUGGAAUAAUAAUACCCUUUUUUUCUUUUUUGCUGUUUAUAUUUAGGAUUUUUUUUGGUAAAUCAAGUCUUGGUUGUGGCUUGCUGAAUUUAAAUAUUUAUGAGUGGUGCAUUUUUAAGUAUAGUGAACAAGACACCAUAUUAAGUGCAGUGAAAGCAUCUAUAUUCUGUAAAAAUCUGCCUAUGCAUGUUUUUUAAGAAAAAAAAAUUGGCUGUAUAGGCCUGUAUGGGACUGUAAUGCGCUUAGUGGUCUGACUUAUACUGGAAAUGUAUGUAUACUGGCGUACUUUAUAUUCUCUAAAAAGAAAAAUGCUAAUGCCUUUGAAAUUUUGUAAUCAAAAAAGCUUUGAAAAAUCUAAGGGGGAGAGUAUUCUUAAAAGUUUUUAAUAUAAGCUUGUCAGUGCACAUAUAGAUGGUUAGCAUGUUUAGCAAACCUUGUGAAAUUUAAAUAAGUUUGUAGUUACAUGUGAAACUAAAUGCAUGAUAACUGUUAAUGUCAUGAUGGUUUAGUCAUUUUGUUACGUUCCGUCAUGUGCCACAAAAACGUGUAAUUUUUUCACUUUUUUCCCUUUGUACAUCAGUUACGGGUUACAACUGGUUCAUUCUUAAAGGAAGAGGAAAAACAAACAAAGCAGUCCACUGAUAUUUUUUAACAAUUGUAUAAGUGCCCAAGUAAUUCACUACAGCCUACAGCCUUGCCUUUGUAAUUUGACUUCUGAAAUGUUGGCAAUCAAAGCAUGCACUUGUAACAAUGAAAAAAAAGCAUUUUAUAUUACUACUCAAUAAAAAUGUGCAUGAAAUUAA